AUGAGCAUGAUCGAAUAUGGCAGUACAACAUCGUCGUAUCCUAUCACUGGACCUGGACCGACGACCUCACUGGACCCGCAGCAAUCACUAACAGGUGUCACACUGAUCGCUAUUACCGCUGUCCUGUCAAUUGUGUGCAAUAUCUUGAACCUCAUCAUCUUGCCCCACCUAGCAGAACUGAAUGAAGCCAGUCGUGUGUUCUACAUGUCAUUAGCAGUCGUUGAUCUGGCCACAGGUAUCUUACUGCUGCCAAUGAGCGUAGCUGCCGUCGGAGGAGAGUGGCCGUUUGGAAAUCCGCUCUGUAAAGCUCUAGGGUAUUUUCUGACGGUGACAACGGGACUAUCCUCAUCGACAGUAUUUUACCUGAAUGUCGACCGUUUCAUCGCAGUUACAAGACCUUUGCGUUACGCUUCUCUUGUCAAUCGGAAGCGCGCAAUUGCCACAAUGGUAUCUCAAACAUUCGGAACUUUCAUCAUAUUGUUCUUUGUUCUGUAUUUCGCCGGCGAUCGAUUCAACAUCAUUGUCUACCGGGAAUUCGGAGUUUGCUUAGUGGACUUUUCUCAGCCAUAUUUUGCACCGUACACGAUAUUUAGCUUUGCUAUUUCCAUGUGGAUGUACGCUAUUUUACUUCUUAUUUUUUAUGUUUUAAUGUUGCAUAUUGUGCGGCGGCAUGCUCGGACGAUUGCCAGUCAAGCCGCAGUUGCCAUGGUGAACGCUUCGACCGUCCGCAGUGAAUCGCAAACGCGCACUACUGAACAGUUUCAGAAGGAUGUCGAACGUGCCGAGAAACUCGCACGUCACAUGCGCCACCGCGGGCUAAUGAAAUCAGUGAUAUUGACGGUAUCGAUCGCCGGGGCAUUUUAUAUUGCUUGGUUGCCUUUUACAAUCUGUGAAGUUGUGGCGGCCGUGCGUGGCAAAAGGAUUCCCCUAAACAUCAUGGAGCUCGUGUCGAAGUUGACCUUGUGCAAUGGUUGGUUGAACACUGUGAUUUACCUACUGCUGAAGGCAACCUAUCGACAAGCAGUGGCUGAGUUUGUUCGUAAAACGUGGAAGGGAUUGUGGAAUCAUCGAAGAGCUGACGUAUUUUGA